AUGCCGAGAAAGGCUCGAGUAAACCAUAACCUGCACUACACGGGCCCUCAUCCUCCCGCUUUCCCGGACGCGCCUAUGAAGCCGCAAUGGACAUAUCGCACUAAAGGAACCAUGAUAUUUCCCGAUCUCAAGUGCGACACCUGUGGUGGUGUUCUUCCAGGCGGUCGUCGCUUGAGCACUCUCUUCACCCGUCGCUGUCGCUGCGACGAUGGAGUGGAUGACGCGGCAUCGGCCGUGGCGCCCAGUUAUGUGCAGACCGCAGACCCUGGAGUCUAUUACACUUGGGACCCCAGGCCCGUCCAAGUGGUCGAGCUCUUUCGCCCAAAUCCAUUACCAGAACUUCCGGAGAGUUUCAAGCGCAUACGUGCCGCAGAUCAGCGUGCAGCGAAAAGGCGUUCUGCAGGCAGGGGACACAGGGAACGCCAUGCUUCAAGGAGUCCCUCUCGGUCUCGACGCCAUAACCCUUCUCCUGGUCCGGCCAGCGAUGAACCUGCCAUCACAUUCUACGUCGAGGAUGCGCGACAUCGCCUGCAACACGUGAGCAACGCCACGGCCGCUUCAGAACCUCUACAUCCCUUCUUGGACACCCUGCUUGAUGCUCUGGAUGAGUUGGCCUCUGAUCAACCGCGACCGCGAUUGCGAACGAAGAAGACCGCCACCGCCACAUCACGCUCUAGUCGUCUUCCAGCAGUCAACGAGCCAAUACAGUCGGCCGCCGUCGGGCUGGUCAGCCCAACUACCGUCUACCCUUCUCCGCCACCUUCCCCGCCACCUCCGCCGAUGACACCUGCGCAACCAUCCGCAUCUUAUGUCCCUUCCCCACGAGUACCCCCUUCGUCCCCUCGUCGGUACCCCAAUACGCCCCGGUAUCCUAUCGCCGAGCCGCGUUCCAGUCCUGGAAGCCCCUCUAUAGAGCCUCCCGCUGGAGCUGCACCUGUGUUCACGCCGCGUCAACCUGCUCAUCGAGAUACAACACGUACUCCUCGCAGCAUCUUACGCAACGCACGUAGAGACAGUGACAGGGGACCUGUUUCUCAUCUGCCUACGCCGGGUGCAACUCCUAGAGCUCCGACCUCAGCGCUGCACGAGCCCGAUUCCUCGUUGGGAGCGAUGGGCGUCUCCACAUCCGCUGUGGCUCGUGACACUCCACAACCAGCUCAGCGGCCACGGCCAGACCCUGGCUUAUUUAGCGCUUCGGGCACUUCUGCACCUUUACAGGCGCAGACGCCUCUGGCCCAUCCUCAGCCAUCACGUCCGAGUAUCCAGUUCAGCCCGAUCCUGCGAGCUUACGGGUCUCCGCCACAAUCGCCGGAAGGCUUUAUCGAAGAUGGCUCCUCGCCGCCAAUCCACGUACGCUACGGGCGUAUGGAUCCAUUCUGGAUACUCGCCCCCGAAGCAGCGACCGCCGUACGGUUCACCGUCUUCGGGCAUCACUUCUGGUCGGUCUCACAAGGAUUGGCGUGGGCGAAAGCAUACCGUUACAUGUACUCUCCUGAGGAGACCACCCACGAAGAUCGUGCCCUCUCUCGUGCCAGGCAGCAAGAGAUCCUCAAUCUCUCGCCAUUCGACGACAACUUCGUACCUGAGACGCUCAGGUUGUAUCAGGAGACGCCGGAUACGCCGAGUUGGGCGAUGUACGAGAUGGCUUGUGCGGAUAUCGUGACAAGGGCGAAGAUUGCAGGUCCUGAUGCCGAGGUACGAGAUCUGCUCCUCCACGGGACAGAGGAUAGGCCCAUCUUCUGGGAUGUCAACAGUAUGACUUGGGGUCGCGGAAGAGAGAAGCCGGAUGGACAAAACGCCUACGGCAUAUUCUUGAUGAAUAUUCGGGAGGCGUUGCGAAGUCGCCCUGGUUCGCCGUUGGUAGACACCAGGAUUCCCCUUAUGGAUGUGCUCUAUGGCUUGAGAUGA